AUGGCUCUGGAAGUUAUUGCUGGACCUUUCAUGGGAGCUGUUUUCAACGUGUUGCUUGAAAGGAUAGCUUCUUCUGAGGUUGUAAACUUCUUCAAGAAGAAUAAAAGUGAGAAUUUGCUGAAAAGAUUGAAGAUCAUUUUGCUGUCAGUCCAUGGUGUGCUCAAUGAUGCAGAAGAAAAGCAAAUGAAAAACGAAGCUGUGAAGGAAUGGCUUGAGGAACUUAAAGAUAUUGCUUUUGAUGCUGAUGAUUUACUUGAUGAGAUCUUCACUACUGAAAAAAUGAAGCUAAAAGAGGUAAACAUGUUUCAUUCUCCUUCAACAGUUUUUUAUGAUAAAGAGGUUGAACUUGAACACAAGAUGGAAGAUGUUUAUGAAAGAUUAGAGUUUGUUAUAAAAUUGAAAGAGUUACUUGAUUUGAAGAUUGGUAAUGGUAAGGAAAUGAAAGUGACACAUAAGUCACCAACUUCAUCUGUGGUUGAAGCAUGUGAUGUGUAUGGAAGGGAUAAUGAUAAAGAUGUAUUAGUUAAGUUGUUAUUGUCACAUGGUGUCGAUGACGAUGAAAAACUCGGUGUCAUUCCCAUUGUUGGUAUGGGAGGGAUUGGAAAAACUACUUUAGCUCAAUUAGUAUAUAAUGAUGAUAGGGUGCAGAAGGAGUUUGAUCUCAAAGCAUGGAUUUAUGUUUCGGAAGAAUUUGAUAUCUGCAAGAUCACAAAGAAUCUCUUGGAGGUUGUCACUUUGUGUAGCUGUGAUGUUGAGGACUUGAAUUCGCUUCAGCGGAAUUUGAAAAUGUAUAUACAGAAGAAAAAGUUUUUGUUUGUUUUGGAUGAUGUUUGGGAUGAAAACUAUGAGAACUGGGACAAGUUCAGGAGUCCGUUUAAACACGGAGGGGCUAACGGAAGUAAGAUUAUUGUAACCACUCGAAGUGGGAAUGUUGCGUCGAUAAUGCAAACUUUUCCGCCUUAUAAUCUAACCGAAUUGUCGAAUGAAGAUUGUUGGGAGCUCUUUUCAAAUCAUGCUUUUGGUGAUAGCCAUAAGGAUUCAAAGGUUUGUCAAAGUGUAGACAGAGUUGGAAGAGAAAUAGUUAGAAAGUGCAAAGGAUUGCCUUUGGCUGUGAAGACACUUGCAGGACUUUUGAGGUCAAAAAGUGAUACACAAGAAUGGCAUAAAGUACUCAACAGUGAGAUAUGGGAUCUACAAGAACAUGAGAGUCAUAUUCUUCCAGCUUUGAGAUUAAGUUACCAUUAUCUCCCUUCUCAUUUAAAGAGAUGUUUUGCUUAUUGUGCGAUUUUUCCGAAAGAUUACGAAUUCGAAAAGGAGAAGCUAGUUUUGCUGUGGAUGGCAGAAGGGUUGCUACACCAAUCAAAAAGGCAUAGAAGAAUUGAAGAAGUUGGGGAUGAGUAUUUCUGUGAAUUAGUAUCCAGAUCGUUUUUCUAUCAAUCGAGAAGUGGCAAGUCGUGUUUCCUAAUGCAUCAUCUUAUUAACGACUUGGCUCAAUUUGUAUCUGGAACAUUUUCUGUGAGAAUAGAAGAUAACAAUUCUGAUCAAGUAAUGGAAAGAACUCAUUAUUUGUCUCAUGUUAUUUCGCAUUGUUCCUCCUAUGUAAACCUGAAAGAUGUUGGAAAAGCAAAUCGCCUGCGUACUUUUAUGCAAAUAAGAACAAUUGGUACAUCUAUAGAUUUGUUCAAUAACAUGCCAAAUGAUCUGUUGACAAAGUUAAGGUACUUAAGGGUGUUAACCUUGGUAGGUGCUUAUUUCUACGGUUUGCCUGAUUCGAUAGGCGAACUAAAACAUCUGCGCUCUCUAGAAGUGUCCGACACCGAGAUUAUAAAGUUACCUGACUCCAUCUGCAGUUUGUUCAAUUUACAAACACUCAAGCUAGUUGGAUGUUAUAAUCUUAAAGAGUUGCCAAAAGAUAUUCAUAAACUUGUCAACUUGCGGUACUUGGAUAUUAGAGGCACUUGUUUGAAGUGGAUGCCAUUGCAAAUCAGUGAAUUGAAAAACCUCCAAAAGUUGAGCGAUUUUUUCGUUGGUGAAAAUCAUGGAUCUUCCAUUAGUGAACUGGGAGAGCUAUGCGGUUUACAUGGAUCAUUGUUCAUUCAUGACAUUGAAAAUGUUGUCGAUUAUAAGGAUUCUGAGAAGGCAAAAUUGAAGGAAAAACAUGGCCUUGAAAAAUUGUCUUUGGAUUGGGGUGGACGCGGUGAUACUGAUAACUCACAGCAUGAAAAGACCAUACUGGGAAGCCUUCAACCACACACAAAUUUAAAGGAGCUUGAUAUCUAUGACUAUCCAGGCACAGAGUUUCCAGAUUGGUUAGGGGACUACUACUUUUGCAACAUGGUUUCCUUAAAGCUUAAAGGAUGUAAAUAUUGCUACAAAUUGCCUCUACUAGGACAACUUCCAAUGCUGAAAGAGCUUCAGAUUAUAAAAUUUGAAGGAGUAAUGAGUGUAGGAUCCGAGUUUUACGGAAACAGAACUUCUGUAAGCACUGAUAGCUUUCCUGCACUAGAGAUUCUAAGGAUUGAGUCUAUGUCAGCAUGGGAGAAUUGGUAUUCUGAUGCAGACAAUGUAGGCACCAGAGCUUUCUGUCAUCUUAGAGAGCUUUAUAUCGAAAACUGUCCCAAACUGACCGGGAAUUUACCGAGUAGUCUCCCGUCUUUGACAUUACUUGUUAUCAGAGAUUGCAAACGUUUACUUUGUCCACUUCCCAAAUCUCCGAGUCUGCGCGUGCUCAACAUUCAGAAUUGUCAAAAACUAGAAUUCCGUGUACACCAAUCACUUACAUCUUUGUACUUGAUUGAUAGCUGUGACUCACUCACUUUCUUGCCUUUAGAUCUUUUCCCAAACCUCAAGUCUCUUGAUAUUUGGGGAUGCAAAAAUCUAGAAUCACUCACUGUUGUUUCAACUAUAGAUGCUACUCCUCCAAACUUCAAAUCUCUUAACUCCAUGUGCAUAAGGCAUUGUCCAAAUUUCACAUCAUUUCCUAAGGGAGGAUUUGCAGCUCCAAAGCUUAACUUGUUAACCAUCAACUACUGUCAGAAGCUGAAUUCCCUGCCUGAAAAUAUGCAUGAGUUUAUGCCAAGCUUGAAAGAACUUCAACUAAGAGGUUGUCCACAAAUUGAGGCAUCUACAAUGAGGCCACUAAGGAUUCGGAUUAGUAAUAAAUUCAUGGAAGGGAAACAAAACCAUUCUGAUCCUCUCUUUGCAAGGUUAGAAGGUCUAGUAUCUGUUCACAGUCCCUCAUCAAGUUAA